AUGUCUGGAGAUAAUGAGAUCACCUUUUCAGGUUCAUCAGCAGCCAUUAAAAGAGGCUUACGUGAGCUUGAUAGGGCAAUCCAAACCCCUUAUAAUAGAUUACAGUCUAUUCUGCACGAUCGCGGGAUAGUUUUGAAGGAGUUAGAUAAAGUCGGUCUCGGCACUACGCCUGUCUUUGGCAAUGCUAGAACAGGCUGUUGGUAUGCUCCAGAUCCUGAUCAAAGUGUUUUGUUCAAAUCCACUGACGGCCACUACGGCACAUGGGACUUCAGUCUCAGAAAGCUGAAUCUUCAAUUUCUUCUUGGCCUGCAGACUUCCAAGGCGGCUGUCAUCGUCGAUGCCACAAAAGCAGGCAAGAGGUAUCCUGAUGCCAUAAAGCGAACAAUUCCCAUUUGGUGUCUUGUAUGGUCAACGGUGCUCAGUGGGUCUAAUCCCAGCGAGCUAGAUCUAAAUGAGUUUUUCCUUCCAUCCAUUACUCUGAACGAGAGAGAUCUUAUUUUGCAGCGGGCUGAGAGACAUGCUAGUAGUUUGAAAGAGCUUAUGGGUUUUAUCUUAGGUCUAGAUAACCGUUCUGGGUUAGACUCUCUCUUUCCAAUCCAUAGUAUACACUGCAGAUAUUGGUACGUUGGUCAGAACGGUCUCUGUUCCGAACACUCUAAGCAUACACCAUAUGAGAGAGAUGGUGUACCCUCUGCGUGUACAAUUCACCUUGUCUCAAUAUCUAAAGAGACCCCUUAUCCAGUCCAGGUUUUCGAUGAAAAGGAAGCCCCCUUUUAUUACAUUCAGGGUGCUGCAGAUGACGCAGAAUCGUGGCUUCCCUUAGCUUUGACUCCUUCUGUCUUUGUAGCCAACUCCUCCUUUCUCUGUAGUUCAGAAUUUGCAAGUCUAACUACCAACGAGUAUAAGACAGCGAUCAGUAGAGCAAUUUUGAUUGUUCCUGCCCAAGAGGUACUUGCAUAUAUAAAAUGCCCCGAGCAGCGUCGUGUUAUCAUUACGAAUAGCGCCGAUAUUAUGAAUAAAGAGCCGCUGGCCGUCUGUAUUUCUUUAUGCAGACCUAACCAAUCUCUGCCAAACAAUCUUUCUAAUGUAAUUUCUAUACCAGUCUGUAGAAAUCUAAAAUACACAACAAAUCUUUCACGGGUUUUAGGGUCUAUUCAUGCCACCUUUCAGGAAUUGCGCUCUAAUGGCACGGUGAUUUUUUAUUCCGGUCAAGAUUGUCAGGUAGCGCUGGCUGCCUUUAUUUUUUCGAUGGCUUCAGAAAAUUUAGUUCCUCGCAUAGCUAAAAAUGAGCAAGGGCAGGUAGAGCUUAUUGCUAUACCUAGUUCUGAACUACACCUAGUGGACGAAGGCCCCAAACAGAGAAUUUUCCUUAUGAAUCUCUGGGAGAGCUCGCUGUCUCUUAUAGUUAAGGCAUUCUUCCUCCAAAAGAAUUUGCGGCAAGCAAUACACUCGUUUACUUGUGUCCGUAACAAAAACGAUGACAUCAGCAAGCCCGAAACAUGA